GAGAAGAAAAGAAGAAAGAGAAAAAGGUGAGAGUUUCUAAGUUACAAUAAGACGAAAGAAGAGUGAGACAGCAAAGUCAGCAAGUGAGAGACAGAGAUGGCGUGGUGUGCAGUUAGGUCUUUCAACGUGCCGGCGGUGGACAUGCGCGCACUGCGAACCAGGGCUCCUUUAGCAGCCGGCGCAGGCUUCGCCUCCGUCGCAAGCACCGCUUUGUGGCGCUCCCCUAAGCGCUCUCUGCCCUUCGCUUGCUUUGCCAUUUCCACUGAUUCUCGUAUAAAGGAAGCUGUUCAAACAGAAAAGGCUCCUGCUGCCUUGGGACCAUAUUCUCAGGCCACAAAAGCCAACAACUUUCUCUUUGUGUCCGGUGUUCUUGGACUUGUUCCAGAGACUGGAAAGUUCAUCUCAGAUUCUGUGGAAGAUCAAACUGAGCAGGUUCUCAAAAAUAUGGGGGAAAUACUUAAAGCUGGUGGUGCGAGUUAUGCUGCAGUAGUUAAGACAACAAUUAUGUUAGCUGACCUUAAAGACUUCAAGAAAGUGAAUGAGAUUUAUGCUAAAUACUUUCCUUCACCUGCCCCUGCACGUUCAACAUACCAGGUAGCAGCAUUACCAUUGGAUGCCAAGAUUGAAAUUGAGUGCAUUGCUGCAAUAUAAACUACAUUCAUGCUCGGAAUUUGCCUCUUCACAAAGCUCAGUUAAUAAGAUGGGAGGCGUUUCUCCAAUUUUUGGAGUUUGGCAUGUGGAUGUUGUUGUUAUCAUAAGAAACUACCAUAAUCAAAUUUGAAAACUAAUUAGACAGCAUCAACCAACACAAGGAUGCCUAGAUGUAGUUUCCUUGUUAGAGGAAAUUUAAUGGAUGCAUUUGGUUUACCCGAAGUUUGUUUGCCUUGGUUUUGCUGGUGAUUGGAUGCUUUAAAAUUGAAAUAAGAAGAUAGUUAUGCUGUCCAAUAUUA